AUGGCGGGCAGAGAUGCUAUCAUUUACAUUAACACAACGGAUAUUGAUCCGCCCUCAUCUAAUAACGAAAAAUACGCCACAAGCGCCACGAGAAGCUCGCGCCAAUCACCAGGUUCUCCCGAUACAGUGUGUUCACCACUCAUCCACCCGAGUCAGAGGCGGCCAUUGUCCAUAAGUGAGGACUAUGAGGACCGACUCACGCCAACAGGCAAAGCACUGUACAAAGUCCUCGAGAAUCCCGUGUUGCGAUAUUGCAUCUAUAUCCUCCCAGUCGGUGCCAUUCUGGCCAUUCCGCUCAUUCUGUUCGCAACGAAAUACAGCGAUGUCACGGCCGAAGGAAUGUCCUUGGCUGGUCUUUUCGCCUACAUUGAGAUUAUGUGGGUGUCUCUCUGGAUGGCCAAGCUCGUAGCUGCAGCGGUUCCUGCACUGUUUCAAGCCUUUUGUGGUAUCAUCAGCACGGGCAUUCGUAAAUAUGCUAAGGUGCUUCGAGCUGUGGAGAUUCCAAUGUCGAUCUUCAUCUGGACGUUGAUGGCAUUAUGUUGGUUCCCAAUUGUUCAUCACUUCGACGAUGUGUUCUACCACCGCGAGCGUCAAAGCAUCCAAUGGAUAAUCAACCUGAACAAAGUUAUCAGGGCUUCGAUUGGGAGUUCGGCCAUUGUCCUGGGCGAGAAGAUUCUUAUGCAACUGAUCAGUGCCAACUACCACAGCCAACAAUUCAGGGAUAAGAUCAAGGAUAUCAAGGCCACAGUGCGUGCGAUUGACUUGUUGUAUGAAUCAUCCUUGCGACAGAUACCAGAUCGCUCCGAAGAAACAUUGGACGAAGACUAUGACAUCCACGACACGACAAAUGUACAACACUUGUUGAAAGAGAAUGCUGCGGACCGAUCAACACGACGAAUCUUUAUGAAUCUCCAUUACUUUGGACAGAAGCUGGUUUCUGCACUGGGGUACAUGGCAAGUGAUCUAACCGGCAGUCAAAUUCUGAGACCGACGGCAACACAUGCGAUUGUUGAUGCUGCGUUGGAACGAAAGGCUGGCGCAGAAGCACUAGCCAGGCGUAUUUUCAUCUGUCUCACUGCCGAAGGACGAAAAGCCAUUUGUCCCAAUGUACUUGCAGAAGUCUUCGGCUUCGGUUCGGAGAAAGAAGCCGCAUGGAUCUUUGCACAACUCGAUCGUGACGGGAAUGGCAGUGUGUCCAUGGAUGAGAUGGUGAUGCUCGUUACCAGUAUCUCACGACAGCGCAAAGACAUCUGGAAAUCAGCUUCUAAUAUUCGCGAUGCGAUUCGGACCCUCGACAGAGUCCUUUCAGUCAUCGUCCUGGCUGUUGUCAUCAUGGUCUAUACUUCUUUCUUUAGCAGCUUCGUUGUGGAGAACCUCAAGACUAUCAUCACUUUGGCUUCGGCAUCCGCCUUCUCAUUCGGACAGACUGUCGGCGAGUUUAACGCAUCGUGCAUUCAGGUAUUCGUCAAGCAUCCCUUUGAUGUUGGAGACAGGAUCAAUAUGAAAGAUCAGGAGUUCGAAGUCGUUCGCAUCUCACUACUUUACACAGUCUUCCGCAGGAUAGACACAGACGGAGUGGUCCAAGUAUCAAAUUCUGUCCUCAGCACAUUAUUCAUUGACAACAUAUCCCGCUCAAAGGCCAUGAAGGAGCGGUACCAAUUCUCAGUCGACCCCGGAACAGAAUUCAAGGCCCUCGAACUUCUCCGCAUUGAAUUGGAAGAGUUUGUGCGAGCCCCGGAGAACAGUCGCGACUACCAAUCAGACAUUGAUAUUCAAUUGCUAUCCCUCGGCGAUAUGAAGCAACUAGACCUCCGAAUCGAGAUAAGACACAAAUCAAACUGGGCCGAUGAUCGGCUCAAGAUCUAUCGACGGUCUAAGUUCAUGUGCGCGCUUCUCUCAGCGAUGAGGAAAGUUCCCAUCCAUGGCCCUGAUGGUGGAGGUCCCGAACAAGGAACGAUCGAUGCACCAAACUACACCGUACCUCUUGAUCGCGACACUGCUGCUGCUAUCAGGGCAGAGUGGGACCUCAAGAAGGAAUCGAAGAAAUCCCAGCGAGAAGUGCCGAUCCCCGAUCGUGGAGACACUGUCAGCUCGGGCCUGGAGAUUCUACCUAGCCUGAUGCGCGGCUUUCAGUAUGAGCAGGAAGGGGCUAUCAGCGGCACAGCGGCGUAUCUACGACACGGCAGACGACAAUUUGACGACCGUUCCAGUUCACGAUUGAGCCUGCGUCCUGGCCAGCAAAGGCCUAUGUCAUGGCUUUCUCAAUGA